AUGUCAUCCACAGGCAUCUCUAAAAGGCCGGACCCAAAGGCAAAGGUCUUUCCUUCCAAUGUGGGCAAGGUAGAACAGAUGGCAAUAGAUGGGUCCUACUUAGCCGGGAAGUUACAGAGUGGCUUGGAACAAACCUCGAUAUCCCCAGCAAACUCGAAUGAGAACCAGAUAUCUUAUGCCGAUGGGGAGAUCUAG